CGUUGCGCUCGCACCGCGCUCACAAACUUUCCGGACCCGCGCUCCGACGAGCCGUUCGCCGAAGAAUUCUGUGCUGUGCUAAAAAUUCUGUGCGACCGUGUGCUGUGCGUUAUGAGGGCUCGCCCCUCGGCCUAGCCAUGUCGGCCCUCGUCCGACCCGUUUGGAGCGCGCCGCACUCGUCGCUGGCGCAGAUCAACAAGAGGAGGCUCGAGUUCGAGGUCGAUGUGGAGGCGUACCGCGUGACCGACGCGCCGGCCUCCCGGCCCGACGACAUGGACGACGACGCCGGGAAGAGGAGACGACGCCUGCUCGACGACGACCGGCGGGACGAGCCCGACGCGCGGUACCGGGGCUACACGCCGCACCGCCCGCAGACCGCCGAGACCGACCAAAUCAUUAUUUAUAAGAAGGACAGCAUGCACAACACGGGCGAUAGCUGGUCGCGGGACUACGGCGGCCAGAGCGGCCCCGAGGACGGCGACGACUUCGACCCGUUCUUCGAGGACAAGCGCUCCGACAAGAUGCUGCCCUCCUCCCCCUCCCGCUCUUCCGACAGCCCCGACGACUCACAGAACUUCUCCAUCUACGAGCAGACCGAGGGCGACCCCGCCACCAACAGCGCCAACGAGAGCAAGGACAGCCCCACCCAUAACCUGAAGUACGAGAAGGAGAGCGUCGACCGGUACGGCCGGCCCGACCGCAGCCCCGGCCACUACGAGACGCCCAACUUCGACGAGCUCGGCGACUCGUCGUCCAACGAGCUGGAGAUCGACAUAUCCGACCCCCCCGACAAGUACGAUGACGAGGCGGAAGACCGACGGCGGCGCGGCGACGUCGUCACCGUCAACAAGCAGUCGCUGUACAACGCGUACAAGGCGGCGACGGCGGCGCUGCCGUACUCGACGCAGUCGGCGUUCAAGCCGCCCGCGGAGGUGAAGCACAAGAUCCCCGGGCCGACGUUCCCCAUCGAGCCGUUCGGCGGGUACUCCACGGACCACGAGCGGGGCGCGGCGAAGGCGUCGAAGCAGUACACGGUGCUGCAGCCGGCGCCGGUGGGGUCGCGGGCGGCCACGGCCCUGCAGGAGGCGCGCGCGGUGCCGUCCGUGCCGCCCGCGCGCGACCACCGCCCGCUCACGGCGCUCUCGCCGACCGUCGCCCGAGAAGGCAACAAGUGUCCCACUCCCGGCUGCAAUGGGCAGGGCCACGUCACCGGACUCUAUACGCACCACCGAAGUCUGUCAGGAUGCCCAAGAAAGGAUAAAGUCACACCUGAGAUAUUGGCGCUCCACGAGACGAUACUGAAGUGUCCGACGCCGGGCUGCAACGGUCGAGGCCACGUCAGCUCCAACCGCAGCACGCACCGCUCGCUGUCCGGCUGCCCCACCGCCGCCGCCAGGAAAGCGGCUGCGCGCUCCCGGCCACGAGCCACAGUUCCCCUCCACCCGCCUGUAAGCGUAAGCGUGAGCGUCAGCGUGUCGAGCGACGCGCCCGCUCGUGAGCGAGUGCCGGCCCCCCCUGCGGCGUCGCCGCGCAGUCCCCCCGUGAAGCGCGAAGCCCCCGAGCUGCUGGUGCCAAAGCGAGAGGCCGCCGAGCCAGAGCGCGACUCUCCCAACAUGGAGACGCGCCACGCCGGCUACGGCGCGCCGCCCGACCAACGAUCGCCGUACGAGCGACCUCCCGACGACCACGUCCGGUCUUACAGUCAAAUGAACGAGGCGCGGUACGGGUACGAGUCGCGGUGCUACGAGGGUGCACCGGCGUUCGAGCGGUACGACCCCACGCAGUGCACGCAGCGGCCGUACGGCUGGGAGGAAGAGCGCUACCACGACCCCCACCUCCCCACGCCCAUGAAGACCGACCAGUCCGAGCAAGAGACCAGCUCCGGGCCCAUCUACCCUAGGCCGAUGUACCAUUACGAAACCGGCGGCGGAGUAGGCGGCGUGGCGGGCGUCGCGAUGGGCCCCGGCGUGCCCCCCGGCUUCUCGGCUAUCAACCUGUCGGUGAAGAUAGCCGCGGCGCAGGCGCAGCGGCCGCGCAGUCCGGGCCGCGACCCCCGCGACCCGCGCCCCGCGGAUCUCUCCACGUCCAGUGGUAGUCCCCAGGGUCCGUACGCGUCCCCGGUGUACACGAGCGCGGGCGCGGCGCGGGGCAGCCCGCAGCCGGGGGCCUCGCCGCAGCUCACCGCGAGCCCCCAGGUGCCCAGUCCACAGGGUCAGACCCUGGACCUUAGUGUGUCCCGUUUACCACAUAGUCGUAGUUUUCCCGGCGGAGUGUCGUACAGUCGAGAGUCGACGCCCGACAGCGGCGGCAGCCAUCCCUACCUCGAGGCGUACCAUCGAGAUCCUGCGGGCUACGGCGGUGUCAGCCCACACCCAGUCGCCGGUUACGGCCUGGCCCAGACCGACUACGCGGCAGCGGCAGCGGCAGCGGGCUACCAAUACCAGUACCAGUGCGGGGCCUACCCCCCGCCGCCCGCCUACCCCCCGCACGCGCCGCCCUACUCGCCGCCCUGCUAUAUGCCGCCGCCCCACGCACCACACGACAAACCCAAGGAUACCAGCCUAUCGGGGUGCCCGCGUGCGGACCGCUCGCAGCUGCAGCCCCACUCUCAGGAGCUGAAGUGUCCGACACCGGGGUGUGACGGCUCCGGCCACGUCACCGGCAACUACUCGUCGCACCGCUCGCUGUCCGGCUGCCCCCGUGCCAACAAGCCGAAGAGCAAACCCCGCGACGGACAAGACUCGGAGCCACUCAGAUGCCCUAUACCGGGCUGUGACGGAUCCGGACAUGCCACAGGGAAAUUCUUGUCGCACAGAAGCGCGUCAGGAUGUCCCAUCGCGAACCGGAACAAGAUGCGAGUGCUCGAGAGCGGCGGUACAGUGGAGCAGCACAAGGCAGCGGUGGCAGCGGCAGCAUCCGCCAUCAAGUUUGACGGCGUCAACUGUCCCACGCCCGGCUGUGACGGAUCCGGCCAUAUUAAUGGGUCCUUCCUGACCCACCGCUCCCUGUCCGGCUGUCCGGUGGCCGGAGCGGGGACGCCGACGCCGCAGCCCAAGAAGCCGAAGUAUCCGGAUGAUAUCACGCCGCUGUACCCGAAACCGUAUUCAGGCAUGGACAUAAAUAUGCAGACGGGCAACGGCGAGGAUCUGAUGACGCUGGAGCAGGAGAUCACGGAGCUGCAGCGGGAGAACGCCCGCGUGGAGUCGCAGAUGAUGCGCCUCAAGUCAGACAUCAACGCCAUGGAGACGCACCUCAGCCAUGGAGAGCGGGAGAACCAACUGAUGUCGCAGCGCAACAACAACCUGAACGAGUACUACGAGAGCCUCCGUAACAACGUCAUAACAUUGUUGGAGCACGUGAAAAUCCCCGGAGGCGGCACCGCGCUCGCCGCCACCGCCCCGGGUACCCCGGGGGCGCCCCCGCCCCCCGGCUCCGGGGAAAAACCCGCCCACGACAACUUCGACUCGUACCUCACCAAGCUCCAAACCCUCUGCUCCCCCGACGGCUACUGCCCCGACGAGAACCGCCCGAUCUACGAAACGGUGAAAAACGCUCUCCAGGACUUCACAGUAUUACCUACGCCCAUUUAAGGCUCACCCAGCGCCGCCGAGACCGAACGCCAUUGAGUGUUUGAAAAUUUAAAAAAAAAGUGAUCGGCGGAGCUUAACAAAUUCUAAAUUUAAAAAUCGACUCGUAUGAUUGUGAACUACCAAAGAUAUUAAAGACUGUUGAUUAUCGUGAAUCGAAUUAUGAGGAGUUAGUGUACAGUGUCGCUCGUAAGUUCUCGGACGUUAUGUGUUCUGUAGAUGAUGUCUAUUUUAUAAAACGUUGUAUACGAUGACUUUUAGACAUCACGUUUUAAAUCGAAGUCGAUUACUACUAGGAUGGACUUAUAUUUUAACCGAAAUAAAUUUUAAAUACUGUUAUCCUUGUAUGCUUCGAGUAAAUAUAAGAUAUCUAUAGGGAAGAUUUAUACGAUUGUAUCUGAGCAAUUUUAGCCCCCCGAACGUGCACCGUGCCGGUUCCGAUGUAAAUAUGUAUGUAAUUUUGAAUAUGACUAGGUGUUAACGUUCUCGGUACAGUCGCGAUGGCUAGUGUUUAGUCAAUUGUCAUUAUUUUAACGAAACCUUUAUUUUAUUGUAUGUGUUAUACUUUUGUUUCACGUAUGGAUAUGUGCCAAACGCUCGAUCGAACCGGACCGCCGUUGUAUUAAAAUAAAUUAUCAUUUAUCAGUAUAGAUGUAACAAGACGAAUAAUAAACUUCUUAGAAGACUAGUCAGUUUGUAAAUAAAAUUGUGAAUAUGAUAGUUGUCGCGUCGUACGGACGUUUUUAUUUAAACUAGUUAAUACGCGAUCUCAUUAGAUCAAAUAAGUUAACAGUCAUUAAUUUAAUAGUAAUACUUUAUUUGUUAGCCAAUGUUCACUCGCUGUGAUUAUGUUAUUAUAUGUUAUCUGUUGUAUGUUACCUUAUAAUGUGAUAGCUCAAGUUGAAGCGAACUGAGUUGUUUUGCAAUGUUUUAUUUUUAUCGCUAAACACAUGCAAUGUCUCGUUUUGUUUUUAGAUAGGCACCGAACGGUUAAAUUUUAUAAAUUUAACAGGAAAACCCAGAAUUUUAGAACACUGAUUGGUAAAUGUAUUCGCAUUUAAAUACUAAACCUAUUGCUAUGUUACUACUCUGAUUGUCAUAUACGUUUCUGUAAAAUAUUGAGUAUGUGUUGUUAAAAAGAAUAAAAGUAAUAAAUGCCAAGAUAAUACAA